UUGUAGCGCUUUGUUUACAUGUGUAAUCAUGUACAAUAAAAAGUGGGUCAAAGACGCUAUAUAUGAAAUGUUAUACUGCUUGAUCAACUUUAUCAAUAUCUGUGUUAUUUCGGUCCGGUAUUUAAUUCGGUAAAGGUCAGACAUCAGAUAUUAACUUAAGAGAAAGAUGGUUAAUCCGGACAGAUCAAUGCCCGACUGGGUGAACAAAUGGCUGAUGAUAAACUCGGCAAUUCUCAUAAUGGACGGCUCAUUCUGCGUUUUACGACCCCAUUCUCUUCCUGGAGGAUGCAUGGGAACUGUAUAUUACGGAUACAAAUGGUACAUACAGGCGGACAAACAUUACGCAGACCCAACAGACUCCUUCAUCUUUACCCAGGGACUCGGAAACCUGAUAGAAGCUUCCGUUUGUCUACUUGUUCUUUUCAAUGCCUUCAAGACGGUUAGGUUAAACAAGAUGGUCACCAUUUUUGUUAGCGUGAUGACAGCCUACAAAACAAUUCUCUUCUGUGUAUACUCUUUAGAUAUCGGCCAAGGCGGUCGUGCAUUCGAAGGGCUUGUUGCAGAGUUUCUGGUAUUUGGUCUUGGUAGCGUAUGGCUGUUUGUACCUGCGUAUGUUGCGUGGGUUUUGAUGCAAGACUUUGUUGAUAUUAAACCCAAAGGAACAUGCAGCAGAUACACUCCUAGUAAAGCAGACGACAGCGCUGGAGCGUCCGGCAGAAACACGCCUAGCAAAGCAGACGACAGCGUUGAUGGUACCGGAAAUCAUCGAUACAAUCUCAGAAACUUAAAGCGUUGAAAAACACUACAUUUUUACUUAAAUUGUAGACUAUUGAAACUGCCGAGCAUUGCUGUGUCAUAAUACAUGCACCUUUGUUCUGUAUAUAACAACAGAACUGCAACGUUAAUGCUAUGUUUUGGACCAGAAAAUAGACUCUACAUUUUGAAGAUAUGAUAUCAUUUUAUUUCUAAUAUUAAUUUUUGUAUACUGAAAGUGACAUUUCUAUAGUAGAUUUAUUUCUUUUAUGAGUGACAUGCUUUUCUUCCUUAUUUUCCUUUCAACACAGUUAACGAAUUUUCUCUUCCAGUUAUCUGAAAAAUAAAUUGAGAGUCGUUGCUUUAACAUUAAUGUAAUAGUAUAC